AUGAAAUAAGUGUCAUCUACUAAUGAUUACUCAAUCUUACGAAAAAUUCAAAUCCACCAUUCACACACAUAACCUAAAGAGUCCGACAUCACAUUGGGACGAACUACUAGUUACGAGUCAAGUCAAUUCUGCAAGAGUUUCAAUAUUAUGGCUUUCAGGAGGGCUUCCACAAAAGAAGAUAUUAACAGUACUAUACAAAGAAAGAACUAAGCAUGUACUUAAGAAAAAUUAGCAAUCAGUAAUCUAAACUUCAUCAAGUAAUCUUAAUUCCAUUUAUAUUUCAGUCCAUCUUCUUAAAUUGAGAUGAACCCAUUAUAGACCAAAGUGUGGAAAUCUUUAUAGAAAUAGAUGCUGGUAUUUUAUUUAAUAUUAUAAAGUAAAGAGUGUAUUCAAUAGACAUAAUUGUAUUAUUGCAAAAUUAAAAUGAAUAAGAAUUUAAAUUUGACGUAAGUAAACUUUGAUGUUUUCUAAUGGUUAAAGAGCUAUCGAACCUUAUUUCACAAGCGUAUUGGGAUAGAAUUAAUUAAACUAAUUAAAAAAGGAAUUUUCUACUUCCUUAUUUAUCUAUCUUAGUUGGCAAAGUGAAAACUUAGAAACUCGAUGGAGACAUGAG